UUAACGCUCAAAACGAGAAGAUACAGUAAGGCCUUCAUUGUAGAUAGAAAGCUUAUGACAUGAAAAGGAAUAAAAACAAUAUAUAACGGACAAACACAGAAGUAUGCAAAACCCACCAACAAUGGUAGAUCAUAAAUAUAAACCCCAAUAACAAAACUAGAAGACAGUAGAGUAGGAGCUGCAAUGCCUUUAAACUUCAGAUGGUUCAUUUUGAUGGAGGUGGUGAUGAGAAAGGAAAGGUCGGCAAUGGCAUGGUUGGUGGUGUGGUAGGAACUAAGGGAAUUGUUGGUAAUGGUGGCAAAGGAGGUAAGGUAGCCUUUGGCAAAGCUGGUGCUGAAGGCAAUGGAGGCAGUGUAGCUCUUGGCAGGGUUGGCAUCGGAGGGAGUGGAGGCAGAGCAGCGUUUGGCAGUGGUGGCACUGUGACCUUGGGCAGAGGCGGCAGUGGAGGAAUUGGAGGUAUAGAUGGGAAUGGAGGUGGAGCUGGUGGUGCAUCAAGAAGGCGACGAGAACUAGCAAAGUUCACGUUGAUGCUUGCCAAUGACAAGGACACGAAUAAUAAUAACUUCAAGCAACUGUUGAAAGCAGCCAUGGUCUUGAAUUAGAAAGAGGCUGGGAAGGAUGGCACGGAGGGUGGCAUAUUGGCCACUGAUUCUGUUCCUUCUAUUCUGCUCUGCCAAACGGUGCUUCACGGCUGCAUUUAAUUUAGGCUCCUUCCUUGGAAAGGAAGAGAUUGGGCAGCUGUAAGGGUUGAUCAUUGGAGCUUGUGCUUGAGGAUAGAUUUGAUGCAUAGUUCCUGAAGUUGGGUAGCUCGGGAUGGACUGCAUCACUUGUUCAGACUAUGAAACAACGAAUGUAUAUUGAUGGUGUAGAAAGAUAUAAGGUUCACAAUUAUCAAAAAGGAGAGGGAUAGUGUUCAUUGGUGUAAAGUAUGGCCAUUGAUGUUUUCUAUAUAGAAAUAUUCUCCAUUUUCAGAGAUAAGGAAUUAAUUGUUAUAUUUAUUUGUGGUGAAGGAUGAUUAUGUGAUAUCCAAUCUCAUAAUUACCAUUUACUAUGCA